AUUCAGAAACAACGUAGCAUAGGCGCAGGUAGCGAGAUUGGCUGUUGUCCUGCCAUUAUGCGUUGGUUCGUGGGAAUCACGCUAACGUACCUUACCCAUCGGAAUGAAGUAUGUGGUCUGUCAAAUCUAUAAGGGGAAGGGCGGCGGCACGACCGGUAGAUAAAAGCCGCGUCGUUCCUGCAUUGACUAUAAAAUUUCAGCUGUCGCGAGGGCCUCUCAUUUGUGUCUUUGUAUUGUACCUACAACCCCCGGUAAGCCUCGACACUCCGUGGAGGGGACAGGGAUCAAAAUGGCAUACAUGACUCUGAAUAGACUUAUAGUAUGGGCUGUUGCUAUUGCCGCGUCUGUUGCUGCUCAAGAUACCUGUCAGACGGUCGAAGCCCAAACCUCCAUCAAGUUGCUCAAAUCAUUGACACUGGACUACAACAAAGAGCAAAGUCAAUAUUGGUCCACGUUUGCCGGUGAUCUCAAGCCAACAUGCAUUCUUGAGCCGGAGACGUCGGAGGAGGUCGCGGCUAUUGUGUCCAUACUCCGCAAAAACAACGAGACCUUUGCCAUCAAGUCGGGAGGGCACAACCCCAAUAAUUACUUUGCUAGUGUUGACGGGGGGCCGUUGAUUUCGACCAAGAGGCUUGACGAAGUCAUCUUCAACGCUGACGCUGAAACCGUGAGAGUCGGUCCUGGUAACCGAUGGGAUGAAGUUGGCAAAAAGCUCGACAAGACAGGCUAUACUGUGGUUGGUGGCCGUAUUGGGAACGUUGGUGUUGGAGGCUAUUUGUUAGGAAAUGGAUUGAGCUUUAUGUCUACCGAGUACGGUUGGGCCUCCAACUCGAUUCUCGAAUACACGGUAGUACUGGCAAACUCCUCGAUCGUCACUGCUAGCGAGACUAGCCACCCUGAUCUGUGGAUGGCUCUUAAGGGGGGCGGGAACAACUUCGGCAUCGUGACGUCGUAUCUGCUUAAAGCAUAUCCGCAGGGUGACAUAUGGGGCGGUAACCUCGAAUUCGAAGCCACGCCCGAGAAAACUGCCGCCAUCCUAGCUGCCGUUCGCAACUUUACCGAGAACUACCCCGAUAAGAAAGCUGGCAUAAUCGUAACAUCGGAAAGAACCUUGAGCACGUUAGUCAACAUUUGGAUUCUAUUCCUCUACUAUAAUGGUCCGGAGCCACCACAAGGCGUAUUUGAUAGUUUCUUGGCUAUUGGGCCUACAAUUAAUACCUGUAAGACCCAGAGAUACGCCGACCUUCUAAGCGGGAACAACUGGGCCGUCCUAAAGGGCAGUGUAUAUACUAUCGGGACAGAAACCAUGCCAUUGCCCAGCAAGGAGGAUGGCCCCGAAGUAAUGCAAGCCGUGUAUGACCAUUGGGUGAAGGUAAGCGACACGACCAAAUUCGUUCCAGGACUUGUGGCUAGUAUCGCUUUCCAACCCAUGCCAAGGGUGAUAGCGACGAUAUCCAAAUCUAAGGGCGGCGAUAUGUUGGAUCUGGACGAUCAACACGACCGUAUCAUUAUCGAGCUAGAUUACAGCUUCUUUUCCAAGUCGGACUUCGAUCAGGUUGACAUAGCGAUGCGUGCUACUUAUGGUGGUUUCCAGAGUAUUGUUAAGGGAUAUCAGCAGGGUGGCUUACUCGCAUCCGACGCGUACCUGCCGAUCUUCAUGAACGAUGGGUUCUAUCCCCAAGACUACUUUGGAAGAUUGAGGCCCGAGAAGUUGCAAUUGGCUCAGGCCGUCCAGGCUGAAGUUGACCCAGAUGGAUUCUGGAGAGAUAGGACCGGGGGAUUUAAGAUACCAUCGAAAUAGUACAUGU